AUGGCUUCAUCCGAUGAGAUCCCUAAACACGAACAACUUGACCAGUCAAAUUAUGAGACACAUGAAACAUUUUCUAUUCCACUUGAACCUUCAUCUAUCUAUUGUGGUAUGGCUUAUCUUCCGUUACCUCUCAAUGAACUUGCACUUAUUUAUACGCAUAAUGAUAAAAAUAUAUUAGAAUUACGUCAAACAGAAAAUAAUAAUUUCGAUAUAAUACGUUCAGUUGAAUUAAAUGAUAUUUCUUUUCCUGUUGAUGAUUUUGUUUGGUGUUCGCAGCGCAAUGAAUUUUUAUUAAUGUCAAAUGGACGAUUAAUAACAUACAAUCUUGAAAAAGAACAAAUAACAAAUACUUUACUUGUUGAUAAAGAUAAAAACAAGUGUCGUAUUGCUUGUAAUUCAACAUUAAUUGCAUGUGUUGAUUCUCGAACAUUGAAAUUAUAUGAACUCAAUACAUUAAAAUUUCUACGUCAAAAACGUCUUGAUCAUGUUUGUGAAGAUAUUGAAUUCGAUGAUCAACAUUUCAUUUCUACGCAUACUGGAAAAUUAGAAGUUUUAGAUCGAACACUUUUUUCUAUUCGACGUUUUGCUAUUGGUGGUACAUCAAUAUGUCGAUUUAAUACUAAAUUAUGGCUUAUUGCUGAUUCAUUUGAUGAUCGUCUUCUAUGGCAAUCGCUUGAUAAGCUUUUGUUAACUGUUUCUCAUAUGCAUCAACCUAAAUCUAUUGCUGUUAUCCCUACUAUAUCUCGCAUUGUUAUACAAUCGAAUGGUCCAAAUAGAUUGUUAAUAUAUGAUCCAAUUAAUAUUGAUUCAUGUAAAUAA